AUGGCCGGUCGAUUCGGGCCGAGACGCCGACAGCAGCUUCAUCAGGCGCCAGCCGGAUUCAUUCUCAAUGACAACGAUGACUCAAUCUGUGGCAAAAGCUCCGCUCCAGAGACGUCUGUACUGCAGCUGCCAGCUCACGCCGUCCGUCGCCAGGGCCGCAUAAUGCCGCCCAGUCUCGAGGACUUCGUGCGCUUGACUCUGCCGGUGGGGCAGCACAACUUGACAGUAUCACCUCUUCGUCACAUGCUUCUGCAUGCUAGACCCAACGGGUUAGGACCACGAGGCUGA